AUCUUUAGGGUUCACCAAACUAUGGAACUUGAUUUUGGACACUUUGACGAAAGAGACAAGGCGUCCAGAAACAUGCGAGGCUCACGUAUGAACGUGCCCAGCCCCACUCACAGUGCUCACUGUAGCUUCUACAGAACCAGGACCUUACAGGCACUGAGUAAUGAGAAGAAAGCCAAGAAGGUGCGUUUCUAUCGCAACGGGGACCGCUACUUCAAGGGGAUUGUAUAUGCCGUGUCCUCUGACCGCUUCCGAAGUUUUGAUGCUCUCCUGGCUGACCUGACCCGGUCCCUGUCCGACAACAUUAAUCUGCCUCAGGGAGUCCGUUACAUUUACACCAUCGAUGGGUCGCGGAAGAUCGGGAGCAUGGAUGAGCUGGAGGAAGGGGAGAGUUACGUCUGCUCGUCUGACAACUUCUUCAAGAAGGUGGAAUACACCAAGAAUGUCAAUCCCAACUGGUCUGUCAAUGUGAAGACAUCUGCCAACCAGAAAGCACCUCAGUCUCUGGCCAGCAGCAAUAGCGCCCAGGCAAAAGAGAACAAAGAUUUUGUGCGUCCCAAGCUGGUAACCAUCAUCCGCAGUGGGGUGAAGCCCCGGAAGGCAGUCCGUGUGCUCUUGAACAAGAAGACUGCCCAUUCGUUUGAGCAAGUUCUCACCGAUAUCACUGAAGCUAUAAAACUGGAGACAGGAGUAGUCAAAAAGCUGUAUACCUUGGACGGGAAACAGGUGACCUGUCUCCACGAUUUCUUUGGGGAUGAUGAUGUGUUUAUUGCCUGUGGUCCAGAAAAAUUCCGCUAUGCACAGGAUGACUUUUCUCUGGAUGAAAGCGAGUGCCGGGUGAUGAAAGGGAGCCCUGCGGCUGCCACGGGCAGUAAGUCAUCUCCCACCCCUCAGAAGAGCUCAGCAAAGAGUCCAGCCCCCAUGCGCCGGAGCAAGUCUCCAGCCGAUUCAGGUAACCAUCAAGAUGCAAACGGGACCUCAAGCAGUCAGCUGUCUACACCCAAAUCAAAGCAGUCCCCGAUCUCCACACCCACCAGCCCAGGGAGCCUCCGUAAGCACAAGGACUUGUAUCUGCCUCUGUCUUUGGAUGACUCUGAUUCCCUUGGAGAUUCCAUGUAAAGCGACACACAGCUAAAUGUCCAUAUUGCAAGCUAUGUUUAAGAUACAGUAGAGUACUUCUGCCAGAAUAAGCAGAUAGGUGACUGGUGCUUUCAAAUCAAAGGACACACAGUUAUAUGUCAUUUUUUUUCUGUGAUUUAUCCUCUGUGCCACAAAUAAACACCUACCAGUCUAUAGAGAUAGAGGGAUACCAUUCUUCUAAGUUAUAGGGAUGCAAAAUGGACAUUGCGAGACAUUUGGGGCCAAUAAGCCAAUGAUCCUGUGCAUUUCCCAUUUUCUUCUAUUAUUUCUUCUGCUGCGACUCUGUAAUUUUCCCAGUGAUAGUAAAGUAGCUCCCCUGGAAGUGUGCAAAAGGAUCGCUUGCUGACCAAUUUGCAAGCUCAAGUAGAGCAAAUUAUAUUCUCCACCUGUCCAAACUGCCAACGUUUGCCAGCUCACCUGCUCCUCAUUUGCAGCCCUGAUUUUAGCACUCGCAUACUAACUAGUACUGGUUUUAUUGUUGGCAGGAAGGGAAAUGACUUACUAGUUUGAUGUUUAAUAUGCCAGCAGAAGCUUGGAUGAGAUUAGGAAUAACCAUCUAAGGUGCUAAGUAAGGUUAGUAUAAUAGUGAUUCAAAUAUUGAGAUUUUUAUGUUUUUUAAUGAUUAAGCAAAAAAAAAAAUCUAAGUCAGCUGAGUUAUCUGGAGUAGAACACCUUUCACAUAUGAUCCAAAGAUACUACUAGCUGGUAAGAAAUUUUUGUACCUACCCUAUGGUAUCUCUCUAUCUCUGUUUGUAACAGUAAUGCCUUGUGAACAGCCAACACUGAAAACACUGUGAAAAUUUGUUUUCAGGUUUGACACCCUAUAGGUCACUUUUUAUAGCAAAAAAAUCAAUACACUUUUUAUAAAGGAAAACCUUGUAUCUGUGUUUUGGGAGUAAGGAUUCAAGCUCCUUCUUUUUUAUAAAAGCUGGUAAUUUUCUUUUGUUUAAAAAACACAUUCAGAAAAAUGUACAAAAAAAACCAACCAACAACUGCAGAAGAGUAAUAACAACAACUCAGUUUAGAAAUCUUGUCAUCACUGCCAACAUAGACACUUGUAGGGGGGAAAAAAAAGGUCAAUUCAAAAUAUUGAAUGUUUUGAUAGUUUUUGUAAUGUUUAAGACUACAUAUUUGGUUUUUUACACUUCAGUAUUCCUAACUAUGGCCAGAUUCUCUACUUAUAUAACAAAUGGAAUUUUGUGGUGUUCAAAACCCCAUAUUUUACGAAACUCUUCUAUCUGACAAGAACAAACUUACUGUACUUAGAGAAACCUUUUGCUUUUAUUAAUCAGUAAUGACUCCUACAGAAUGCAAAGUUCAUCUAUUCACGCAGGGCUGGUGGUUUUUACUACGCCGAAGCUUUGUCAUAGGCUAGCUGGCAUUGCCUCCCUUUCUCAUGGAAUAAGCUUUUGAUGAAAGUGAUUAUUACAGAACUUUACCUAAAUGAAAUCUGUGCAAUCAAAUCUUUCUUUGUUGCUCUAUUUGCCUUUUUUUUUCCAACAUGCACACCUAUUCCCCAUUGCCUUGCAACCCCUUGUGAUUAGAAUGAAUUAUACCAUUGUGAUGUUUGAUGUUACAUGAAUGCUGGGUUGUUCCCAAAGCCACUCCACAUUUUGUUUGCUUGCAUUGCUGGUAUGAAACAAUCUGUGCAGGCUGCAUCUUUAGAGGUUCGUGUGAUGAUACGUAUAAUGCAACUUAAAAAAAAAAAAAAAAAAGAUAUUUAUCUGAGAGAGGCCAGGAUUGGGAAUUAUCAAGGGGUCAGAGUUAUCAUGCACCAAAUUUGCACCCAGUAGUCUUAGUGCAUGAUCAUUUACACCCAGAGUUUUGCACAAAAUAUAAUUUGUUCCCACAAGUAACUUCAUUUAAUUGAGUAACUCUCUGGCUGUGUGACUGCCAAAUGAUCAUUUCACCUACUGUAUCCUGGUUUUAGUUCAAAGACUAAGGGCUCAUGUUGAAGGUUUGUGGGGAGAAGGAUGGUAGGGUAGACAAAGCAUAGGUGCAGUAGUCAGGACACCUUCAUUCAGCCCUUGGCAUUGCUAAACUUAGUGUCUGAACGGGAGCAGGUCUCUUAGUAACCCUGUGCCUCAAUCUGUCUAUCUGUCCCUGCAGGGACAAUACUGUUCUACCUCACUGGGGGUUGUGAGGCCAAAUGUUGGUUGACAUUCGUAAAGUGCUUUCAGAUCCUCUAACAGAAGGUGCUGAAGUAUUCUGGGUGCAGAUUUGGUUAUGGGUGCUAAUUUUUGGCUGUUUAAUCCUGUGGGUGCUACUGUAGACACUGGUCAUGAGCAAAUACGACUUUUUAAGCAUAAUGAUGUCAAAGGCCAUGCUUAUGCUAACAAUAUUAUCCAUUGGAGCCUUUGUAUUAGUAAAAGCUGUAGUGGGAUGGAUAAUUUGACGUGCUUUUACCCUCUGUUCUGUUGGUGGCAAUCUCAGAGUCCCUCCCCAAGUUUCUGCCUUUCCAGGGACCCUGACCCUGGAAUGUCAGGUAGUCAUGGCCCUGCCUGUUGGAGAUGAUGGACUUGGACUCCAGUCAAAGGUGUUGUCACUUCAGUGACAGGCGGUUCCUGUCAUAGUCAGGGUUAGCAUGUCCUACCACCUUUCCUCUGAAUCUGCUAAACCAAGAGACCAGCCAUGGAAUCACAUCUAGGUCCUCUUGCUAUUCAGUACGGGACACUCACCACAGAUCCACCAGGAAAACCUAAAUUUUUUGCUAUCCAUAAGCAGACUGAACUGCUAGAGCUGAUGGUGGUAGGAAAGGAGUCUUAGACGUGCUUUUAUCUAGUAUCCAUCAGUUUGGUUUGUAUAAGAUGAAGCAGGAUCCCAAGGGGUGGAUGAACCUUUGGAGAGAUGGUUGUUGAGGUAGCUGUUGAGAAGUGGUUCCUCUCCUUCCUGCCACAAGUAGUGUUUGGUUAUUUGAAGAUGCUUUUCCUGGUGGAGCAUGCUAAGGAAUCACUGAGGCCUUCCUCCUCAGCUGCACCUAGUGACAGAGCUAAAACCUGAUCCUGCAAGUGCUCCCUUGGGAGUGGAAUUUUGAUUGCAUGAGGAUCAUUCUGGAGUGGGGCUGAGCCCAACAAUUCCUUCAGGGGAUUAGGGGGACCUUCAAAAGGCCUAAAAGAGGAAAAAUAAAAAAGUUCAGUGGGAAAAAUAGCCAUUCAAACCAGUAGAAGCCACAAAGAAAAUGGUAUGAGGUCAAACUCCCAAGUUUUAGAAAGCUGCUUUCUAGGUAGAAAUGCCUGGGCAGUAGAAGUCAGUGAGCAUUUCAGCUGUAACAUAUAGUCUGUAUUAAUGCCAAUAUUGCAUGAGUUCUUGUACAGAAAUGCAUGUGGAAUGUUACCUACAUUCAAAACUAGUUAUCUUUGGCUUUGUAGGAUCCCUAAUAUAGAUUUGAACACAAAGAAAACAAUGCACAGGCAUCGUACCUUAGUCAUUUAAAUGUAAGGUCAGCCCUGAUUCAGGAAAGAACUUAGACACGCUUAAAUUCUAGCACAUGCUUUACUCCUGUUGAUUUUUCACGAGAUAUAAGCUUGGGUUUGGUCAGAAAGCUUUCCUGAACUGGAACAAAUUAGUAAUUACUUUUAAUAUACUACAGUUCCAGACCCAAUGAAAUUCUGGAGCAGAUGAUAUUAAUUCCACUAUAUACUCCAGAGUUUACCUUUUAUAUUUUUUUCUACUUUUACAAGCACAUAAAACUCCACAGGAUAUGAGGAUUUGCCAUAUUAAUUCUGCUAUAAAAACCCUGUCUAAUUUGCCUCAUGAGGCUACCUUUAGUGCUUUCAGAGACUAAUUGAAUCACUGACUGUAUUGUUUUAAGACGAUACAGUAUUUAAAAACAAAUUGGAAAGACUCUUGUCGUAGGGCUUUGUUUCUUCAAAAUCUGCCUUUAUUCAGUAGCCAGUAUGUUUUAGCAAAUUUGCAUAUACAGUAAAAAUACCUGUUUCAGACACACAAUCACUAGGAAGCAAUUAAGAGCAAUCCUGCAAGCAUAGACUGAUGUACUUUGUAUUCAUACAUUCCAGGGAUGGUCUUGACUGCAGAAGAUCAGGACAAUGCAGCAAAAUCUUCACCCUUAGGAUUUUUUGUCACUUGUAAAGCAUUUAUAAUCCUGAAGUUUCUGGGUUAAAGCCUCAUCUGUAAUAAGAUUUGGAGCUAGUUCAGUUCCACCAGCUAAACAGCCAACCAAGACUCUACACCUUGAAGUAAUUUUGAAAGAGUUUGGUAAUGGGAUUUUACCUUGGUCCGCACUGCAGCAGGUGAUAGAAAUAGCUUUUGCCUACCAUUGUCUGUGUUUCCUAUAUCUGCACAUUAUUUACAAUUUUCUCAGGAGCUAGAAACACUAAUUGUGUUAUUUUCAUAGACAACAGAAAAAUAAUUCUGCUCAGAAAACAACUUCCACACCUCUCUUUCAUAUUCAGCUUACAUACAUACAUGCAUGCAGAAAAUUGCACACACGGUCUAGCUGUUAUUUCUCUCUCAUUUGCUUGAAAGUACUUUUGAAGGGGAAAAAAGGGAGGGAGGACCAAAAAUUGUGGCAAACAGCAAAACAAUGUUACACUCAGGCAUUUUUAAUGGAAAAUAAUGGCAUUAAAGUGUUAGUUUCUCCUUAUGCAUACGGAUACUGAUGAGACUUUCUCGAUGCCUUGUUUGCUUUUGCAUGCCUUUGAGGUCAGUGCUGGUCUUCUUGCUGCUUCGCAGAACUCCUUGUGAAAUUGCUCUGUAACACCAUGCUAAAUCCCUACAAGGAUGCUUUUCCAGCGACAGCCAUCCCUGGAAGUUGCAUCCUCCCUGCAGGGGCAUGGUAUGGACUUUACAGUAUGACACCUCUUUAUUGCAGUGACAGCACAUGACUGUCUUUUGUCAUUGACUUCAGUGGUACCCCGCGUUCAUUCAAGGCAAUCGGAGAGUUGUCUUUUACUAUAGUAGAGGCAGAAUCAUUUUGAGAGAAAGGAAGAAAAAAUAGCCAAGUAAAGUAGGUAUAAAAUUAGUCCAGAAAGUGUCUCCUCAAGCUAAGACAAUCCACAACCAGAGAAAAGUUAUAGAGGUGUGUUUACCACACACAAGGUGCUGAUCCUGACCAAUAUAAAACAAAACAGCUUCUUUUUUCUAGUGGUUAGUUAGGCUCAAAGUAAUUUUUCUGGUUGCUGAUGGAAGCAGGCUGGAACAGUAUUUAGGACUGGUGAGGUUCUUUGUAGAAGCAAAUGGAUGGCACAAGAUGAAGAUCUCUUUCUGUCUAUCUAGAUGGAGAGUGAGGUCAGUCCAUCCAACAGGAUUAGUGCUUUACACAGGAUACCUAGAAGACAUCCAGCUGAAACACCACCUUGGUGUAAUGAGACCAAGAAAGUUAAGACUUUAAGUGCCUUCCAGCAUGCUUUGGGCUUCAGAAGCAGGACUAUGCAUGUCCCCAACAAGGCCUAGGUAAAAGUGGCCUUGACAUAAGGGGGCAGGACAGGCUUUGAUUCUUGAGAUAUUCAGCCCAUCCAGCAUUUAUUCAAGCAGCUCUUGAAAAUUACUGUCUCCAAAAUCACAGAUUUCUUCUGGCUGAUGCCUCUGUCCCAUCUGUGUGAAUCUGAGCAGGCCUCUCCAUGGUAUCUCAGGAAAUGUUAAAGCUGAGUUUUGUGGCUCGCAGUGCAGCAGCUCCUCACUGAGUGUAGAUGAAUUGGGCUGGGUUCUGCUGCACUGGUUAUAGAUACUGUUAUUCAGAUAUUCUUCACCCUCCUUUUUUGCUCCUGGCUUGAGGUCUGGUGUCUUUCGUUUUGGAUGCCUCCAGGUGAAAGGCUGGGGUCAGCCAUGCGUACAGACCCCUGGUAAUGUUUUGUUUUGUUUCCUCUGGAACAGAUCUAGUCAUUUGAUGUUUGUCUGAAGGUCUGGGGCCAACCUGACAAAAUGUUCAGCAAUUUGUGAGUGAGUGGAUGGAAAGGCUUUUUUUCAGCAAUGCCAUUGCAUAGCUGCUCUGACGGAAUCCUGGUUGCAGGGUAGGGCACGAGUACUAUGUCUGCAGGUAAAAAUGUGGAGCUGUGGGGUCACAGACCACUGUCCAUCCCUUAGGACACUGUUUAGAGAAAGUUAAAAACGCUGACAACCCAUGAGCUUCUGAGAAUCAAGCCUGGUGGAUUCAGCAGUGGGGUUUCAGAGCCACUGGGAUUUCAGAGCUAUCGGUCUUUGGCAUAACUGUGGACAGAUCAGUUCUCCUUGUGCCAUGGUGUCCCAACGCAUGAAGAGCUGCUCACAAUACUCACCUCCAUCUGUAAGGUGCAUUGACAUAAGUUGAUACAUAUGGAAGAGCUCGCUCUUGAGAUUUAUUCAUUAGUUAGCAAAGUCUGAAAACCGUAUAGAAGCAAACUUUGGUCCGUUGUCUUUGGCAAGUUUUUUCAGGAACUCUGGCUCUCUCAAAACUAUGCUGUAAAAAUGCUUCAUUAUUUUAUUGAUGGUGAAAGACAGACAUCAUUUUUAGUUCUCCCCAGAUCCAUGGAGGAGCCAGCAACACCCCUGAGUGCAGGGCCGUAUCCACACGCAGCAAUCCAAUCCUCUCACCUGGAGCUGCCACCUCUGGCCUGAAUACAGACCCCUGCCGCCCCUUUUUUUGUUCCAUGUCCAUGUACAUAUCAGGGGCAAUUCAUGUUGCCAUUCAGACUCUGGGUCUUGUAUUUGUAAAUGGUGAGUAAGCCUAACUGUUUCAGUGGCCUUCUACUAAGGAAACAGCGGGCCUGUUGUUGAAACCUUUCUUGUUUAGAAAGUGUUGGUGGCCAGGUGGCUGCAUGGGAAGGAGCUGCCUUUCAGUUUCAUUGCUUAAUGCACUUAGUUGAACUAACCUGUUCUGGCUUUUGCUCUGUACUUCAAUGAACUCGGGACUCUGGAGUCCAUUUAGAGUGUCCCUAGGUCUGACAGUUUAUCACUCAAACAACUGAAGAAGAAGGAUGCCCAAAGGGAACUAACAAAUCUUUGCAGUAAUUAGAGUCUGUUAGCUGAAAAAAGAAAGUUGGCAUCAUUAGAGAAGGACGCCAUGAUGGCCAGUGUCAUGGGAAACAAAGAAAAAAGACUUUUUUCUAAGAGGGAUAGUAGGGGGCAUUUGUUAGGAGAUAUUUACUGAGUGAUGAAAAGAGCUUGGCCUUCACAGAAAAUCAAAUGGAAGCGAAAGCAUGAGGCAGAGCACUGGAAAUGUCAGUGCCAUUGAUGUGUGGGAAUAAUAAAAGACAAAAGCCAAGAAAUUCCAGGGACAGACAAAAGGGAGAGGCUGGGGCUAGCUGAGGAUCUACAGCUUGGUUCUGGACAGAAAAGCAGCAGGGGUUCUGGUGGCACGCUGAGAGAGUUAUUGCCCCCGCCAGGUAUCUAAGCCAGGAUGCCAGCUAUCUGCCACAACAGGGUAUGUCCCACUCCCAGUGGCAGAAAUAAGGUCACACUUGGCCUCAGGCAGGAGAACUUGGUUUGAAGUUACUCCCCUGCUCCUGUUUUACUCUCCUGCCACCAUGUGUCAUCCUUAAAGGGGGAUGGGAAGAUCCAGUCCUUUGCUGAAUGACAGCACCUACCUGCAGUUUGGUUUUAUUUUUAUUCCUCCCUAUCAGAUCAGAAAUAGAAAUUCAUCAGCAUGCCCUGCCUUGGAGAAGGACAGGCCUGGCACACUGGGGAAUUGCAAGAUGUGCAAGAGAAUAAUGAGAGCACCUCUGAACCUCCCAUGCCUUCCCACAGAGCUCAGCAAACUCCGGAAAAAGUAGCAACCCACUUGCACCAGGGUGAGUGAAAAGCCAAGGUGCUCCUGGAGGAGGUUACCUUCAUUUGCUGUGCAGGCAGAUGAUGAUCUUGCCCAUGAAAUGCCUAGCCACAUCUGUGAGAGCUGCUGCAUUCAAUAAAUCAAUGGGAAGUCCAUGCUGAACAAGGGGAUCUGUGUUUAACACCGGUUUUCUUAUGAGAUCUUUUUUCUAAAGUCAGUUGAGUUACAAGCUUGUGAAUUUAAUCCUAAAAGGCAGAACAACUCAUUUAUCCAAACACAUUUUUUGCUGUUUAGUCUCAGAUAUAUUUUGGUUUUUUUGCAUAAAGAUUGCACCCCUUUGUUUCUAUAGAUCCUCAGACACUCAUGUUAUAUUGAGUGUGAAACCUAAUACACCUAAUUUUCUGCUGCUUUAAACAGGCAGAAGCUCCUCUGUAAUUAAGGGAGCUGAAUCCAUUUGGUCCAAGGUUGGUCUCCUAUUUCAAAGAUUGAUUACUGUCAAUAAUUCUUGUGUGAUGAAUUACUUAAGUGCAGAUUCAGUUUCCUGGGUGACAGCUGCAGACUUUGCAGAGAAAACCUCAUUGACCCCAGCUAUAAAGUGACCUCUUGUAUGAACCUCUAAUAGCAAGUUAUAUGUGGGAGAUAUUUUGUAUAGUUUUGUCAUAAUGAUAAAACUGAAAUAGUUUUCUUGGUUGAUAUAUCUUAAAACUUUAGAAAUUAAAAUUAAACAAGGAACCUUAGCAAAUCAGGGCCUCCUCUAUAUUUUCUGGUUCUAAAGAGUGUUGGCUUAAUCUCACUUUACUCUCACUCAGUCUACCAAUAGACAUGCCCUGAGCCCAGCAGGUUUAUUUGAACUAGAAAUAACAUUUCUAUUACUUCCAGUAUUUUUCUACUCUAGUCCCAGCUAGUACCAAGCAGAAUAGAGAUUUAUAGUUGGCUAGGUUGUUAAGGAAAAAUAUUACCAAAUGUCUCUGAACGUAAAAAGGAAGGUUCAGUUCACUUUAGGUGACUCAUCUAACCUCAAGGCUGCUUUUGAUUUUUAUUCAAGCUGGUUCUUCCAUCUCUAUUUGCAACAGUUAUAUAUAGGAAAUGGAGAUUAAUUUGAGUCACAUUUGAACAGCGGGGUUGUUGCAGAGCCAAGUGAUUCACCUGGCACGUGCAGUCGGAGUGAAACACGUUGGUGGCACCUGGUCAGGGUGGACCUGGACCAAACCCUGGUUCUGAACCCCCAAGUACUGAGAAACCCACGUGCAGGGUCAAACGGAGGAAAUGUCUGUAAUGCACCAAAUGGACCCUGAGCUGGGGUCCAAGCCCAGUUCUUGAAAUGAAGACUUUUACCUUUAGAGAAUCCCUGUGAAACAUUUAGUGGGGUUUUUUUGUUGUGGUUUGGUUUGGGGGUUUGUGUUUGGGGUGGGGUUUUUUGGUUCUUUUUUAAAUUCCAGCAUGGCUGCUUUUCCCCAUCUGCUUCCAACCAUUGCACAGCAGAUAUGGAUGGGUUUUAAAUUCACUUCCCUUUGCAGGUAGCAGUUGAAAUGUAGUGAUAUUCUGUCUCCCUCUCAUGCUGACCACACAGUCGCUGAGGGGCUGCAGAGCACACAGCUUCCCCCCACCCCCUUUACAGCAGAAGAGCUUCUUCCAGAUUUAGUGUGAUGUCUAAUGAUGCGUCUCCUUAAAAAGAAGAAUGUUUAGGGAAUUAAUUGCACUGCUAAUUGGUGUUUAUAGAUAAGGUGAAGCAGAAGUAUUGAAUGUAAGAACAAGAAAGCCUGUGAGUUAUAAUUACAUGCUGAAUUCUGACAUGUAAAAUUGUUGUUCGUUUGCUUCUUAUUUAAAUGAUAUGUGAUCCAAGCAGCUUUAUCACUGUGGCAGUCCUAGUACAGCUGUGCUUAUCAACUUAGAAGACACCCAGGCUCUUUUAGAAAGAGGAAACCUGUCUAGCCAAAUCUCCUCCUAUUCUCUGAAACCACAACACGUUCCCCUCCGUGAUACUCUGUAUUUUAUGACACUGUCUAGUCUAGAAGCACAGGAAAGGAGUAUCAGCUUGCUGACUUUGCUGUUACUAGCCUUUGCCUAUUUUCUUAAUCACAAAAUAUAUUCACAAGCUAGGGUUAGCAGCUCUCAUCACAUAAGCCCGAGUUCUUCACGCUGCUCUUCUCUGAAGAGCAUGAACUGCCUUCACUCACGGCUCUGCGCGCUGCUGCUCUCUGAGCCGCAAGCCUGCCGACAAGUUGUGUUGAGGGAGGGAGAUAUGCAGCUGAACUGGAACCUGAUCAUGGAUUACUGUCUUAGGUCAUUCAUUGAGUUUGUAUGAUUUCGUCAUUAAUUACAAAGCUGCAAUAUAAUAUAACUGAGAGGCCACAAUGUAUUUUCUAUUGUCAUUCAGUGGGUGGGGAUUGGAGGGGCAGCCGGGUUUAAAGUUUAGCUGGUAUACUUUAAACUCUGUGUACAUAACCUUGGAGGACAUGUGGGUGGUAAGGGUUCAGUUAUGUUGUUGGGACUGGUAAAUUUCAGUUUGUUUUUGUUUAAAUAAUAAGGUAUUUAAUUAAUGACAUUGUACAAAGAGCUAUUAAUUUAAAUGGUGCUUUUGUUCUCCUAGAACGUAUCUAUCUAACCUUUCUUUUUGGCAAGCCUGCAGCAAUGCUAAUCAUAUCGACUUUUGUACCUUGGGGGAGUGCAUGGAAGGGGAGGGGAAAUGCUUUUCUCUUCAGACAAAUAAUGUUGCCCAUAGUUAACUUUCUGCUUGACUAUAUACCUUGAGUUCCCUUUACUCUGAAUUUUCAUGUGAAGUUCUCUUAAAGGGAUAGAACAAGCAGAGGUUAUUCCAAAAGAUCUCAACUGUAUCAUCUUGUAAUAUAUUGCAGCUUUAUGCCAAUGAUUCCUUGCUUACCUGUACACAGUCCAUGCAUGUUUUGAACUAAUUUUGCAUUCUCCAUUUGUGGUGAGUUACUUAGCAUUUUAACCACCUUUUGUGCCAUUCAACUUGUACAGAAAACAUUUUUAUUGACGUUUUAAAGGGAGGGGGAAGAAAAGAAGAAAACCCCCCUUCUGCUCCCUAGUUGUAGGUAGAACUCAGUUACUUAGCAAACAGAUGUAGAUGAGUGGUUGUAGUGUUAGAAAUGUUAGCUUGCUCGUGAACAAGCUUUUGAGAGUAAAUGCAUGGUCCUGUACCUCUCUCUUCUUAAUUAGCCCUUCCUUUCCUCCUGGAAAGAUUCUCUCUCUCUCCCUCUCUCUUCUGUCUUUUUCUCUCUCGUGGUUGUAAAGUACAGAUUUGGGCAUAAAUAAAAGGAUGCACAACGAGGUUUGAAAAGCAGUUCUCAACAGGUUCUCUCGGGGAACUUCCUUCUCACAGCGCCUUGCCUUGGCACUUUGAUUAGACUCUAACUUUCAAGGUAGAACAGAUGGAGAUCGGUCAUCUGUUGCCUCUGCUUGAACUGGGGAGCAAGUUAAAUCUUUGGAGGUUUGCGUCACUGGUAAACGAUGAGAUCUUGCUGAUCCGUUGCAGCUGAGGCAUGUGGCAUGUGGUAUAUUGGCCGUGGCUUCCACACCUGGUUGCUCUAAUGGGACUAGUCCCGCGGCCCCUGAUUUGCGGAGUUUGCACACACUUUUUGAUUUUCCUGGAUACACAGCAGAAGGGGGUGGGGGAUGGUAUAUAGGAAUAGGUUGUUAGGGGUUCUGUAGACAACUCCUUCUCUACACUCCCAAGCUCUGAGCUGAGCACGCAGGGCUUAUUGUGUAUUAGCUGUGGUUCUGUUGGCAAUGGAGGACAGAAAACAGUCAAAGUCUUGGAAGAGAGGGGGUCACUCAGGAAGAUGGAUUUUGUAAGAAAUGGACUUAAAAAAAACCACAAAGCCCUGCCACAAACCCACAAAAUGUACCUAGAUCCACAUAUUUAUCCCUCAUGCCUCUUCUCCCUUAACAGAAUUUCCUUUUGUUAGAAGAUUUGACUUUCUAGAAAAAAAUUCCAUUUUUGUGAGGUGUUGUGAACUGUUUUUACUACUUGUAAUAACCAUCCCAGGUCUGAGUAUUCUUGUAAUGCAAUGCCAUGCAGCAGAGAACCUGUCCACUUUAUAGCUUUGCUCUCAAUAUUUGUUACUCAUUGUUUUCUCAUCUAAAUGUACAUUUGCAAGAUGUGUGUAAUGUCAUUUUCAAAAAAUAAAAUUUGGUUUCAAUAUUUAGGCUGAUAAAAA